AUGGGGAGAGCCGGAUGCUGUUACCGCGGGGCUGAGCGCCUCGCGUCCCCGUCUUCAGUGCGCUGGUUCCGGCCAUUGCUGGUGGUGGUCACCGCUCUCGUCUGUGUUGCACCGCAUAUUGGACAAUGCCAAGUGGCUACGCCUCAGUGUCGUAUCCAGAAGUGUACUACAGAGUUCGUCUCCUUGACCUCCCACCUCACCCCAGCGGUGGAUGGUUUUCACGUUGAGUUUUGCAAGGCGCUGCGAGCGUACUCGGCCUGCACACAGAAGACAGCUAAAUCCUGCCGUGGAAACCUAGUCUACCACUCUGCUGUGCUGGGAAUUUCAGACCUCAUGAGCCAGAGGAACUGCUCCAAAGAUGGACCCACUUCAUCCACGUUUCCCGAGACGCAUCAUGAACCCUGCAACUACCAUAGUCGCAUCUACCUCUUCUGUGGGCUGUUUGGAGACCCUCACCUCAGGACUUUUAAAGACAGUUUCCAGACAUGCAAAGUGGAAGGGGCGUGGCCUCUUAUCGACAAUGACUACCUGUCAGUCCAGGUCACAAAUGUACCGGUGGUUACUGGCUCCAGUGCCACGGCAACAAACAAGAUCACCAUCAUCUUCAAGCCCUUCGAAGGCUGCACAGACCAGAGGGUGUACCAGGCAGUCACAGACAACCUUCCUGCUGCUUUUGACGAUGGCACAAUAAGCAGCGGCGAUGCUCUCCACACCUCUUCUGCUGCAGCAGAAGAAGGUCAGCGGAAAGUGCGGGCGCUCUGGAUCUCGGAUCGCAGCCCGGGUCGCCACGUGGAGCUGCAUGCAGGAUAUAUCGGAGUGACAGUGAUUGUUCGCCAAACGGGCCGUUAUCUGACUUUAGCAAUACGUAUCCCAGAGGAAUUGGCCCAAGCUUAUGAUGCUUCCCAAGACCUUCAGCUCUGUCUUAAUGGCUGUCCUAACAGUGAGCGCAUUGACCAGGGGGGGCAUCUCCCCCUGUUCCCCCCUGCACUGGGCCUGCAGCGGCACAGACCUGGUUAUUCUUCAUUGACACAAGCCUCUCCUUAUGGCGGCUCAGAGUUCUUCAGUGUGGACAGAGCAAAGGAGCACUGCAAAGAACAGCUGGAGAUACAUGAUAUUUACUUCCACUCAUGUGUGUUUGACCUCCUGACCACGGGGGACGCUAACUUCACUAUGGCUGCGUACAAUGCACAGAAGGACAUGGAGAGCCUUCACCCACACAGGGACAGAUGGAGGAUCUAUCCCACAGGAGCAGCCUCAUUACCCCCAUAUUCACAUAAAACUCUGUCCCUCUGUCUCCUUGUACUGUGUGCACUCAGCAGAUCUCUGGUCUAA